AUGAGUUCAGCAAAGGACGCCUCAUCGUCUUCCGAUCCCAACCAUACAGCCACGGAUGCCAAUGCUGCAGCUACAGCUGAUGCUUCUUCUUAUUACGAUCCCUAUUAUUACUCGGGCUACGAUUAUAGCAGCUAUUACAACUACGAUCCGUCAACGUACGAUGCAUCUUCUGCCUACUAUGAUCCCAACUAUUAUGCACAGUAUUACAACACAGCCGGCAAUACGACGACGAGUACAGUUCCUUCGGUACCUAUUCAACCUGUAGCAGCCAUGGAUGUCGCGUCUCAACAAUCCACUUAUAUGCCACAAGCCAAUGUAGGUGUUGCUGCUUCAUCCGCUGCUGCUGCCGCUGCCGCUGCCGCUGCUGCCCAUGCUGCUGCCCAUGCUGCUGCAUCAGCCGGUGCCACAGGAUCCCCAUCAUCACCCGCAGCCAAAGGAGGAGCAGGUGGACCUAUUCAUGUAUCAACAUCUGGCUAUGCAGGACCCAAUGCCAAACCCAAAGAAGAAGAUGCUACCAGCAACAGCAAGAAAAAGGGCAAAAAGAAAUCAGCACCAGCCGCCACUGUACGUGCAGCAGGUGGUGAAGUAUGGGAAGAUCCAACAUUACAGGAUUGGGACGAUAACGAUUAUCGAUUGUUUGCAGGCGAUUUGGGUAAUGAGGUGACCGAUGAAUUGCUCUUCAAGGCAUUCUCCAAAUACACCAGUCUCCAACGUACGCGUGUGGUCCGGGAUAAACGUACAGGCAAAACGCGUGGCUAUGGCUUUUUGAGUUUCAGAGAUCCCAAUGAUUUUGUCAAGGCAUGGAGAGAAAUGAAUGGUAAAUACGUUGGCAAUCGACCCAUCAAGUUACGAAAGAGCUCAUGGAAGGAACGUAAUAUCGAUGUACGAGCACGCAAGGAACGUGAACGAUUAGGACCUUAUCCAAAGAUCAAAUAA